AGCCCCAGACGCUGAAGCAGGCGGGGAUCGGGAAGGCCGUGAGGCUCGGCGAGGUCAAGGUUUGGAGGUUACGGGUCCGAGGCCCCGCCUGAGGUAAGAGGAGCCUGCCCACCUUCUAGGACACCGCGGGAAGACCCUGCGCCCGAAGUUAAACUUCUACGCAUCCGUCGGAAUUGGGAAACGGAGCACGUUGACGUUCUCGGCGUCUCGCCCCUAAAAAGUGCAGCCGCAAAGGUGGUCGCAGUCCGACUUUUCUGCCCCCUGCCCCUUCCUAUUAGGUCUGCAGAACUUCCGAGCGUCUGAGCGCCUGGCACCGGACAGGCGCACGGGAGACGCUCAAUAAAUGUUCCCUUGUGGAUGAGUAGAAGAAAUCGGAGGCCAAUAGGAAGGAGAAGCGUGUUGAUCCUCAAGUUGGGGACACCAGAGGCGCGAGCAUUUAUUGAACCCUUAUUGUAGGCGCUGACAAGCCAGUCUUUGUCUCCAUUUUACCGAGGAAUCAGAGGCUCAGAGAGAUGAAGGCACCUCCCCAAGGCUGCACAGCUCGUAAGUGACUGAGACUGAAUUGGAAACCUGGGGCCUCUGGUUCCAAGUCAGCACUUCCAAGUCGGUGACAAGUGAAGUUCAGGGGAACAAACCGAAGAGGGAAGAGUCAACAGGUCGCUGGAGCUGCCAGCCAUUUGGAACUGAAACACUGCAGAAGAGGAAGCAGAGUGUGAAGGCCAGGCCCCGUGGGGGCUGAUGGCCGGCAGACAGCUGAAUGUGCCCUGGGUGCUGCAUUUACUCUGCGUGCUGCUGAUGGGGACAGUGUCCAGGGCCAGUGGCCCUUCUAUGGGGACCCACACCAGCCCCGAGUUUCCAGCCUCCGGUUUGAACCAGACCCUCAUGGUAGAUUGUCGUGAUGUGUGUGGCCUGAAUGCCUCUGACCGAUGUGACUUCAUCCGGACCAACCCUGACUGCCACAGCAAUGGGGGCUACCUGGACUACCUGGAAGGCAUCUUCUGCCACUUCCCCCCCAACCUCCUCCCUCUGGCCAUCACUUUCUAUGCUUUCUGGCUGCUUUACCUGUUUCUGAUUCUGGGAGUCACGGCGGGGAAAUUUUUCUGCCCUAACUUGUCAGCCAUUUCCAGCAUGCUCAAACUCUCCCAUAAUGUGGCAGGCGUCACCUUCCUGGCUUUUGGGAACGGUGCCCCUGAUAUCUUCAGUGCCUUGGUGGCUUUCUCGGACCCGCACACAGCCAGCCUGGCCUUCGGGGCACUGUUUGGUGCUGGUGUGCUGGUCACCACGGUGGUGGCCGGUGGCAUCGCCAUCCUGCGCCCCUUCUCGGCCGCCUCCAGGCCCUUCCUCAGGGACAUUAUUUUCUACAUGGUGGCUGUGUUCCUCACCUUCACCGCACUCUACCUCCGCAGGGUCACGCUGGCAUGGGCCCUGGGUUACAUAGGCUUGUACGUGUUCUAUGUGAUCACUGUGGUUCUCUGUACCUGGAUCUACCAAUGGCAGCGGAGGAGAACCCUGGUCUACUCUAUGCCCGGCACUCCAGAGAUGCUCUCAGAUUCCGAGGAUGAGCGGAUGUCUUCUACUACCAACAGCUAUGACUACAGGGAAGAGGGCCAGCCGCUGCUCUUCUACCAGGAGACCACGGCUCAGAUCCUAGUCCGGGCACUCAACCCCCUGGAUUACAGGAAGUGGAGGUACAAGCCGGCAUACUGGAAGGUCCUCAAGGUGUUCAAGCUGCCCGUGGAGUUCGUGCUGCUCCUCACCGUACCCCUCGUGGACCCUGACCAGGAAGACAGAAACUGGAAACGGCCCCUCAACUGCCUGCACCUGGUGAUCAGCCCGCUGGUCUUGGUCCUGACGCUGCAGUCGGGGGCCUAUGGCGUCUAUGAGAUAGGUGGCCUCUUUCCCGUCUGGGGCGUGGUGGUGAUUGUGGGCACAGCCUUGGCUUCAGUGACCUUUUUUGCCACAUCUAACAGCGAGCCCCCCAGGUUUCACUGGGCCUUUGCUUUCCUGGGCUUCCUGACCAGCGCCCUGUGGAUCAACGCAGCGGCCACAGAGGUGGUCAACAUCCUGCGGUCUCUGGGCGUGGUCUUCCGGCUCAGCAACACGGUGCUGGGACUCACGCUGCUGGCCUGGGGAAACAGCAUCGGAGAUGUCUUCUCUGAUUUCACGCUGGCCCGCCAGGGUUACCCGCGGAUGGCGUUCUCGGCCUGCUUUGGUGGCAUCAUCUUCAAUAUCCUGGUGGGCGUGGGGCUGGGCUGCCUGCUCCAGCUCUCCAGGGGCCACGCAGAGGUGAAGCUGGAGCCAGACGGACUGUUGGUGUGGGUCUUGGCCGGCGCCCUGGGCCUCAGCCUCGUCUUUUCCCUGGUCUCCGUCCCACUGCAGUGCUUCCAGCUGAACAAAGUCUAUGGCUUCUGCCUGCACCUCUUCUACGUGAGCUUCCUCGUGGUGGCCCUGCUCACGGAAUUUGGGGUGAUUCACUUGAAAAGUGUGUGAGUGAAGCCGAGUAUCCAGGUCCAUCUGGUGGUGGGGAGGUGUCACUGCAGGCGGUGAGACGGCAGAUGGAAGAUGGAGGGGCCUUCCGCAGAGCCGGCAGGGAGGGACCCGCACCUCAGUGAAUGGGGUGUGGGCCCUGGGGGGCCGCGCUCUCUCUCGGCUGAAAAUUCCCAGGUGCUGCUGAGUCCAGGGAGAAGCGCUAAAGCCUCGUUUCCGGGACUUUGGAGACUGGGCUUCACUGUAGGUGGACAGUUUCAGAUGGAAGGUCAAACUUCCUUGAAUCAUCUCCAGAGCCUCUUGAAGUUUGGGGUUUGGGGUGAAGGGGAUGACCGGGUGCCUUCCAGGCUGGUGUUGGAAA